UCUCUUGACAAGGGGGCGGGACUUCCGCAGAAAGCAAGAUUGGGCCUAUCCGCGAUGAGAACGGCGUGGAGGCGCAAUUAAGGCUGGAACUGGAGAGGGAGGGGUCUACGGUCAGUCGGACGCGACGCUGGAAAUCCGGCGGGGGGCCUAGAGGCUCCCACAUCAGGACGAGAAGGAGCCCGCGAGUUACCGUGGGAGCUGUGGGAGCUGCCCUGUGACUGUUAGGAAGAUGCCGUACCUUGGCUCCGAGGACGUGGUGAAGGAGCUGAAGAAGGCUCUGUGCAAUCCUCACAUUCAAUCUGAUAGGCUGCGCUACCGGAAUGUCAUCCAGAGAGUGAUUAGGUACAUGACUCAAGGCUUGGACAUGUCUGGUGUUUUUAUGGAAAUGGUGAAGGCCAGUGCCACUGUAGAUAUUGUCCAGAAGAAGUUGGUUUAUCUGUACAUGUGCACAUAUGCUCCCCUGAAACCAGAUCUGGCUCUCCUGGCCAUCAAUACCCUGUGCAAAGACUGCUCAGACCCCAAUCCAAUGGUGCGAGGUCUGGCGUUACGGAGCAUGUGUAGCCUCAGGAUGCCUGGUGUGCAGGAGUAUAUACAACAGCCUAUUCUCAAUGGUCUGCGGGAUAAGGCUUCAUAUGUCAGGAGAGUGGCAGUCCUUGGGUGUGCCAAGAUGCAUAAUCUUCAUGGAGACUCUGAAGUAGAUGGUGCCCUGGUAAAUGAAUUGUACAGUUUGCUGCGUGACCAGGAUCCAAUUGUAGUUGUGAACUGCUUGAGGUCUCUAGAGGAAAUUCUGAAACAGGAAGGAGGCGUUGUCAUCAAUAAGCCCAUUGCUCACCAUCUCUUAAAUCGAAUGUCAAAACUGGACCAAUGGGGCCAGGCUGAAGUAUUGAACUUUCUGCUACGCUACCAACCCCGCAGUGAGGAAGAACUGUUUGACAUUCUCAAUCUGUUGGAUAGUUUUCUCAAGAGCAGUAGCCCAGGUGUGGUGAUGGGAGCUACCAAACUUUUUCUGAUCUUGGCAAAAAAGUUUCCCCACGUACAAACUGAUGUCCUUGUGCGGGUCAAGGGAUCUUUGCUAGCUGCCUGUUCUUCAGAGAGCCGUGAGCUCUGUUUUGUUGCUCUUUGUCAUGUACGCCAGAUCUUGCAUAGUUUGCCAGGUCACUUUAGCAGCCACUACAAAAAGUUUUUUUGCUCCUACUCGGAGCCCCACUACAUCAAACUACAGAAAGUGGAGGUGCUGUGUGAGCUGGUGAACGAUGAGAAUGUGCAGCAGGUGCUAGAGGAGCUUCGAGGGUACUGCACGGAUGUGUCUGCGGACUUUGCACAGGCUGCCAUCUUUGCCAUAGGUGGCAUUGCCAGGACUUACACAGAUCAAUGUGUUCAGAUUUUAACAGAGUUGCUGGGUCUUCGACAAGAGCACAUUACCACAGUGGUGGUGCAGACUUUCCGAGACCUGGUUUGGUUGUGUCCUCAGUGUACUGAAGCUGUGUGUCAGGCCCUGCCCGGCUGUGAAGAGAACAUUCAAGAUAGUGAGGGGAAGCAAGCACUUAUUUGGCUACUUGGUGUCCAUGGGGAAAGAAUUCCUAAUGCUCCUUAUGUGUUAGAGGACUUUGUUGAGAAUGUGAAGUCGGAAACAUUUCCAGCUGUUAAGAUGGAGCUGCUCACUGCUUUGCUGCGCCUUUUCCUCUCCCGACCUGCUGAGUGCCAGGACAUGCUGGGACGUUUGUUGUAUUACUGCAUAGAGGAAGAAAAAGAUAUGGCUGUACGGGACCGAGGUCUCUUCUAUCAUCGCCUCCUCUUAGUUGGCAUUGAUGAAGUUAAGCGGAUUCUGUGUAGCCCUAAAUCUGACCCUACUCUUGGACUUUUGGAGGAUCCGGCAGAAAGACCUGUGAAUAGCUGGGCCUCAGACUUCAACACACUGGUGCCAGUGUAUGGCAAAGCCCACUGGGCAACCAUCUCUAAAUGCCAGGGGGCAGAGCGUUGUGGACCAGAGCUUCCUAAAACUUCAUCCUUUGCCGCAUCAGGACCCUUGAUUCCUGAAGAGAACAAGGAGAGGGUACAAGAACUCCCUGAUUCUGGAGCCCUCAUGCUAGUCCCCAAUCACCAGCUUACUGCUGAUUAUUUUGAGAAAACUUGGCUUAGCCUCAAAGUUGCUCAUCAGCAAGUGUUGCCUUGGCGGGGAGAAUUCCAUCCUGACACCCUCCAGAUGGCUCUUCAAGUAGUGAACAUCCAGACCAUCGCAAUGAGUAGGGCUGGGUCUCGGCCAUGGAAAGCAUACCUCAGCGCUCAGGAUGAUACUGGCUGUCUGUUCUUAACAGAACUGCUAUUGGAGCCUGAAAACUCAGAAAUGCAGAUCUCUGUGAAACAAAGUGAAGCAAGAACUGAGACGCUGAAUAGUUUUAUUUCUGUGUUAGAAACUGUGAUUGGAACAAUUGAAGAAAUAAAAUCAUAAUAGAGUCUU